AUGUCAUUCGCCUUCGUGAAGCGACAUCACCAUGUUCGCUCCGCAAACCUGGUGAUGGAGCCCUUGGCAAUUGGCAAGGCUAUAGGGACGAUCGAACGAUUAUAUAUUCCUACGCAAGAACCACGACAUCAUGGCUUCAAAACGAGCAAGAGCAGGAGCGAGAAGUCUCAGGAGAACAACGCUCAAGUUUUCAGAGUCUCAGCGGCCAAACAAACCAUAGAUGUCUACACAAACCCUCCAUCAAACACCUACAAGGUGACUGAAAGGUUCAUCGUCUCCUUCAACGGCAAAUCUGUCGAUGCCAUCGCCGUCAUUGCCCAUGUAUUCCUGCUGGUCGCUGCGACCUACGCUAUCUUUAUUCAGUUGCUUUUCGCAGCUGCGUGGAACAUAGUCUUCAACAUUUUAUUAUGGAAUUUGCAUGACGGCGAUCGCAUUAAGAUUCUCGGUCUCGUCACCUUUUGGAACUACCCCGAUCCGUUCUCCGCCGUCUUUUCAAGUUUCGGCUAUCUGACCAUGCUGUUACGUGGUGAAGACUCGCACAAUCGAAAACCACAAUACUUAAUUCCAGCCGUCAUCAUCAGCUUUUGCUCAACUACAAUUGCGGUCACGAGCCUCGUGAUUGGCAUUUACUAUCCCAUCUGGCUUAACAUCCAAAUGUCGCCCCCCGCGCAUCCUGCCGAAGUGUACUUCCCUGAUCUGGGGCAACCGACUGCUGGUGCUGCCAUCAAUUUUGGCACCUUCGAUCGGCCGAGCAUCCUUCGUGCGCUCGGUAGCGCGGAGGCUGGCGAACUCAACACACAACUGUCAAUAGUGUCCGUUGAGCUCUUCGAUCAUCCCGGUGGCACCGUCGCUCGCCCACAACAAGCUGUUCAGUGGCACUACACCCUUACGACAGGAGAAUUGAAUAUGCAGAUCAUGCUAGAUCUAGAGCUCCGGGUAAACAGGAGCUGUGCGACUGAAUGUGGCUGGCUUCAACCUCAUCCCUACAUCAACAAGGCCGAUGUAUAUGUACCCUGGGACUCAAUACCGAACGCUAUUACAGUGUCGACCGAUGAAGGAGAUGGCCCGAUACUUCUUGGCUUCACUUCUCUACUUCACCCCGAGAUAGCGAGGAGCUACUCAGAAGGCAACAAUCCUUGGUAUCUGACAACGAACAAAACCGGGAGCCUAAAUUCCUCUACUCCCUACAAAGUGAAGGACGGUCGGCCAGCUCUCUCCUGCUGGGAAACCACCUAUAUUUGCAUGGAGAGAUACUGUUAUACCGUUGGUCAGCUGGGUCAGUCCCUGUUGCCAUUGGGAUUGCAGGUCAUCCUUACUUCCCUUCUCAGCCAGCCAGCGGGCUCUCGCGUCGGUAUGCGAGCAGGUGUUGCAAGCCUCAAGUCUUAUACUGGAUCCCUCAGGGGCACUGUAAUAGACGCCGGGUCUGCUUCCAACGGGGGCGACACGACCCGCCUCAUUCUCUCGGGCUACCUAUGGACUCGGGAGAUCAUGAGAGAUCCAGUGCUGUCCACGGAUCCCAGUGCCAGAAACCUCUUAAAAAAGCCUAUUAGGGUAUUGAUACCCGGUGCUGCCGCCUUCAUCAUCCGCUCGAGCGAUGUUGUCACACUUAGCUAUGCCGCAGUCUUGGCCGCUCCCAUUGUCACUGUCGUGUUAACUAUAUUUGCUAUGGGAUUCCAUACAACGCCGCGGUUUCCCAGUGUAUUUGGAAAGCUAGCUCGUCGCGCGGCUGCCUUGAGAGCUAUGCAACUCUUUCGUGCCGUGGACGAGCUUUCGAUUACCGAUCCGUCGUUACGGGGCGGGCUGGUAUCAUCUAUGCCCCGACCGACGGGCACGCAAGGGUGGACGACUACCCUGCACCAUGAGGAGCCCACGGGAGGUGGGAAUGAGCGUCCAAGAAUUCAAUUUACCCUCGAUGGUUGAGCGGACAAUGAACUAGCUCCGCUACAUUCGAACACGGAAAGGAUAUCAGUGGAGGGCCAGGAGGCUAUUAUUCAAUCAUGAGAGUCCGUAACACUAGAAUAUAUCUGAUUGCCUAUAUAUCGACGCUUCCCUUAUCCUCUUUGAAAUGUUUGAUGGGAGUGUUCGAAUUGCUAGUUGGGCUGCAAUCAAAUGGAGGCAGAAUAGACGCCUCUCUCUUACCAUCUCAUUAACAGGCAUACUUGACAUUGAAGGAUAUAGG